CUGAACAUUGAGUACCUAGUAUGGGUAGGUACUAGGUACAUACCAAUUUUGAACUUACAAGAGCAUUGAACUGUUUGAACAUCGAGGACUACAAUAUUAUUAUUAUUCCUACCACGUACUACAAUGUAUUUAAAUACAACCCCAAUAUUGAUAAAACAGCUUCGGUUUUGAGUAAUUUGUGCUGCAGAGAAAUACUUGGAAUGGGUUUAUCGUAGUUGGAUGAGUUUUGUGACGGCUAAGAUGCUCGUUGGAGCUCGGGUCUGGAAAAUUGGCGAGUAAAUCGGACCUGAGACCUGUGUCGCCCUCCAUACGUAUCACCAGAUCUCGGCAGGAUGGCAUCCCCCAUACUACCAAAUACAUCCAACUUCCUUGGAGUCGCCCUCGUCGUCAACCGGCUACGCGAUGGGCCAUUGUUUGUCUUUCACUACCCGCCCCGGAUCCUACAGCCAGGCCCAGGAGCCCAGCCCUCCCGUCAUCGCAUGCCCAGGGACGAGUUAGACGACGAUGACGAUCUUUUUACCAAUUCCUCCAUCCCUUCCUUUGAAGCGCCCUCUUGUUCGCUUCCCAUGUCCAUUGAUCUACAGAAUUGGAAUCACGACGACCAUCUGGAGACUGAAAGCGGCUCUCAGAUAGUCCCAUGGGAGCACGUAGCCGGCUAUCCCACCAAGGACCUUGAGAGUCUCCUCACCCCCAACCGAGCUUUCCACAAGAAACUAUUCCACGUCUCUCUAGACCAGCUCUGUUUCGCUUCCUAUCCCAUAUACGUUCCCGAGAAUGGCAUAUGGCGGACAAAGAGGAAGCAACCCAAGUACCAACCCCCUAGAUCGCCAGAGAACCCGGACUCGGCUACUAAGAAUGGCGAAUCCUCGGUCAUCGGAGGCGAUGUACCGCAAGUCGAGGUUAAGGAUACGGCCGCAGAAGAUGUCGCAUCCAGCAAUUUGCUGGACGAAGCCGACGAGAAAAAAAGUGGCAUGACCAUGUUCAACCUUGUCUUCAUCCUGAAUCCGAAGAAGCACGAGGCAAAGGAGCUGGCCGAGAAUCUGUAUUUUCACAUCAUCCGGAAAACCAACAAAGCCUACAAGUACAGCCAGCAGAAGAGCGAUUUCGUUUGGAAGGAGUCGAAACGAAUUCUCACCUUAAAAGAUAAGGGGCGAGAAGAAAAAACCAAGAUGAGCACCUUAUGGAAGGAGAUUCUCGAUGUUUCAUCCCUGGCAGCAUCUAUGCAAGACAUAUACGAGGCCGUUUCUCAUAACAGGAUCGCAGCAUUGCAGUUAGAAACACCAGAAGGCGCUGUCACCCAUUCGGUCCAGAUACCCGUGCCCUUCUACCUCACAGAUCUCCCUCCUGAUGACGAGAGUGGGUCAAAGGGAUUAUGGAUCACGACGGCAAAUUCAUUCGUGGAGGAAGAUAGUUUAAACGACCCAAGCUUCCUCGAUAAGAAUUUUGCCCUGCUCCUAAUGAGCGAUGAGAAGAAGAUAAUAGGGGAACUUCAGGCCGACCCGGACGAGACCACUGCAGCAAUGAUCGAAUUUGUGAGACUUUCGAAGCCUACAAUGUCGUUCUACCAAAUCGGUCAAGGUACCGCACUCUCACCAGCCCAAGUCCGGAAAUACGCGCAGCACUUCAUCUUUUGGCGGCGAGCGAUUGCGAUCCCGCCUCUGCACGCACGGGACGUCUAUAUUCUAUCACCAAACAGCGAUAUGAACCGGUUGCCACGGGCUAGUCAGGCUUGGGCGCGUGCGUUCCCCCUUGCGCCCCCUUUACCAGAAUUCCUUGCGGCCCUAUCUGCUGCACCACGCUCCUACAAGCUCUUUGCCCCUAGCAAGAACCACCGCCCAACGUAUUUGGCCAUGCUAGCCUGGCUCAUGCGCGGCGGCUGGGUGACCCAGCUCUGCACUUUCGCCUAUGUCGUUGUUUGGCCUGAGAUCUUGUACGAGGUUGAUUACGAGAUCGAAGCAGAGGAGCUACGGGCCGCGCAAGAAGAGGAAGCCCGUGUAUUUAGCGAUAGUGGCGCCGACUCUUCGUCCCACGCGUCAUCGUCGCCUCCCGCCCUUUCAUCCUCCUCUGAUACGCACUCCCCUUCCUCAUCUCCCCAAAUCCCCGCUACUGACACCACCAUAACCGAUGAUGCGGACAGUAGUGGCCUAACUGCAGCCACAGCCACAACAGCAAUGCCAAUAUCCAUGACAUCCUCGACCGCAACCAUCAGAUCCCCAGUAAUCACCACCACGGCCGGCGAGCAAGCAGCAGAACAAGCGCGCCUCGAUCGCCUCGCCACCAAAGCCCACCGCGAAGCCGCCGAGAAGGCAGCCGCUCACGCACGCCGCCCCCCACCCCGACAAACGGACCACCCCUCCAUGAACGACGCCCCGCACCUCUCCCAUCUAAGCCCCCACGUCAUCGUCGACGCCGGCCGCGUCGGCGACCGCGACUCCCGCUACCUCGCCGCCAUCGGCCGCCGACUUCCCGAGAGCAUCCCGCAUUCCUCCACCACCACCACCGCUGUUGCCACCCUCUCCGCAAGAGGAAGAACCCGCGUAGGAGGAACUAGAGUGGGCGUAGCAGCCGCAGCAUCACCAUCAGGAGAAGCACCAACGGCAGGAAGCAGCAGCGGAGGCACAGCAAGUUCAGGAGGGGCAGGCAAAACCCUCAACCCCCGCGCCGCCUGGCCCGUCUUCUGGAAAUACCUCAACGGCCGCAGCGCCCUUGAGCGCGUCGCCCUGCACGAGGAUCUGAAGCGCCGCGAUGCGUGGAACUUGCUGAAUUCUAUGAGCGAGUAUCUUGUUUGUGUCAGGCAUUGGUAGAAUGAGAAGAGGGGGGAGGAAGGGGGAAAGAGGAGAAAGGGGGGGGAGGUCUGUCUCCUACUAGGUACUGAUGUUAUACCUGGUAAUUAAGUAGUUAGAUAGACAAACGAGUGUGUAAGAAAGUCGCAUCGUAUAUGUACCUAACCUAGAUAUGUGAGUACGUACCUAGGUAGGGGAACGAGGAUGAGAACUAGGACUAGAACAUGACUAGAGCUAGUAGAGACUGGGUAUAUAGAACCCCCUAGUCGUUAUAGCUAUCACCUAGAGAAGGGGGAGGGAGAUUGGUUUAUGUUUAGAUAUUCCAAUAAAUGUAUCAAGAUCAGGGAACUAGCAAUUCACACACAGGCAUGGUACAC